AACCCCCAACAGCCCAAGAGAAUCCGUGUCAUCCUCUCCUGUGGCCCCUGUCGCGCGUCAAAGUUGAAGUGUGACCGUCAGGACCCUUGCUCGCAAUGCCACAAGAAAGGCAGACCCCAGGACUGCCGGUACGUGCCGCGGCCAGCGAGGCCGCAAAAAGCGGCCAAGAGCAUGGCGGCGCGGCUCCGGAGGCUGGAGGGCAUGGUCAGGGGCCUGUUGGACGAGGAUGGCAACCCGGUCACGCAGCCGACGGGUGGCAUGGUCGGGGAGGUGAGGGCUAGCAGCGACAAGGGGCCCUCUGGAGAGGACGGCACGAGAUCGGCUCAGGUUCAGGCUCAGGGCACAGACGCUGGCGGACAGGUCGUGAGGGGUGAUCUGGGGGUGACAAAUUAUGUUGGAGGGACACAUUUCGCUGCUAUUCUCCAGGAUAUCGGCGAACUGAAGAGCUAUUUCGAGUAUCCUGACGACGAUGAGGGAGAAACAGGCGGCGAUCCUUUCGAGGCAGGCGCGUCACCCGAGUUUCUAUUACUCGGCCAGAGCGCACCGAGGAAUAGGGAGGAAUUGCUGUCACUGUUACCGGAGAAGAGUGUCAUUGAUCGUUUGAUGAUGCGAUACUUCAACUCCAACAUCCCCUCACAGCACAUCCUGCACAAGCUCACGUUCACCAAAGAGUACAACGAAUAUUGGCAAGAUCCACACUCGGUGUCGUUGCAUUGGCUUGCUGUUUUAUUCAUGGUCAUCAGUUUGGGCAUAUUCAUUUCCACGUUUGAAGCUCCACAGGAACUCGCGGCCGAUUCACCAAUGAAUUCUAAGGAUAGGUUCCGACUCUAUCGUGAUGCUGCUGGAACGGCACUGAUUUGGGGCAAAUAUUCCCAACCCAAUCAAUGCACUUUGCAAGCAAUGCUUCUAUACGCCGAGGCAGAAUUCGUCACGAACCGCCAGUCUCAGAUGAAAUGUUAUUUGUUGUGUUCUGUCCUUAUCCGACUCAUGCUGAAGAUGGGACUGCAUCGAGAUCCGAGCAAGCUGCCGAAUAUAUCACCAUAUGAUGGUGAGAUGCGCCGCCGAGUUUGGAACCUCGCGAUCCAGAUCGAUUUACUUGCCGCGUUUCACCUCGGCUUACCGGCUAUGAUUCAUGGAAUUGAGAGCGAUACUUCACUGCCGCACAACUUGCUGGACAGUGACUUCAAUGAAGACAGCAAGGAAUUGCCUCUGUCUCGUCCGCAGUCGGAGUACACACCACUCAGCUAUGCAAUCAACAAAGCCGCCCUGUGUCGAGUCUUUGGCCUGGUGGCUCGUCAAGCGCAUUCGCUCAAUAUACCUACAUACGCAGAAGUAUUGAAGCUCGAUGCGGUUCUUGAGGAGACCUAUAAUGCAGUUCCCACAUUCCUGAGGGUCAAGCCAAUGGAGAAGAGCAUCACUGACCACCCAAUGCAGGUGAUUCAAAGGUAUGGCCUGGCAAGUUUGUACCAGAAGAGCCGGUGCGUACUCCACCGGAAGUACAUCACAGACGCGAUUCCUAAGACGGAACAUGAAUAUUCCAGGAGAGCAUGUCUCUCAGCUUCACUUGAACUUCUCCGCUAUCAAGAUCUGCUGUACAAUGCUUGUAAGCCGGGAGGCAUGCUCAGCCCCAACGGUUGGUUCAUCUCAUCCAUGGCCGUGAACGACUUCCUUCUGGCGGAUAUGGUCGUCGCCCUCAUCAUACAAAGCGAAGAGUAUCCAGAAGUCAUUGGGGAGUCAAAGCAGUACACACGUGAUUCAUCAAUCCCGACAAAGGACGCACUCCUGGACAUACUCAGGAGAUCGGCAUUCAUCUGGCAGGAGAUGUGUGUCAACGUACCAGAGUGUAAAAAGGCUGCCGAACUAAUCAGUACGGUC